CAUCAAAGUGCUCUGAUCAAAGGAGUGUGUGAGUGGGAGGAUUUUCCCCUCACCCAUUAAAUAUUCAUCUACAACUUUCAUCUUGCCAAGCUGACUCCACUCGCCCUCCCUCCCACCAUGGCAGGGGAUGUUGUCCCAGGAUCCCAGCAGGCCGGCCCAGCUGCUGCAUCUGCAUCCACCCCUGGGGAGCCCAUGGAUGUGGAGUGUCCCAUCUGCUACCAGGAGUACAACCAGUACAACAAAUGUCCCCGCAUGCUGGAGUGCCACCACGUGUUUUGCACCGAGUGCCUCCAGAGGAUCCAGCUCAGCCGCUUCGACCCACCGGACCCCCGCAUCCCACCGUCCGUCCCCUGCCCCCUGUGCCGCCACCUCACCCCUCUAGAAUCCGGGGAUCCCUUCUCCUUGCCCUCCAACUCUCACAUCCUGGCCAGGCUGCCCCCCUUGGCCUUCCGCCUGCCCGCGACCAUGGCGACCCACCUGGCCACGGUCACCCAGAGAGUGGUGGUCUCCCUGGAGGGCGAGAACAGGGACACCCGCUUCAUCAUCCUGCCCACUGUGAGCCUGCGGGUGCAGCAGAUGCACCCGAACGGGCCGUACGGCGCCACACCCGGCCUUGUGGGCGAGGACGAGGUCAUAGAGCGGAGCAAGAAGACCCUGUUCUGUGUGCAGCUGCUGGCGGUCAUCUUCUGGGUGCUGUUUGUCAUCAUCUGCGUGGUCGGGGUGGUGUUUGGGCCAAAUUUCAUAAACAGGCAACUUUAAUAUGAAAUACAAGUUAUCUCCUUUUUUGUAGCAGACGUGGUUCUUGAUAUAAAGUUGGGAUUAACUCGACUGGAAGACAUAGGUUCAAGUUUGAAAUGGGAAGUUAUUGUUCAGUUAUAUUUGACUCCUUAUGCAUUUAUGAGGGAAAAUCACCAUUUUUACUUGUCCCUAAUCUCUGCCCCAAAUAUAAGUUGCUCUUUGGUGAAAAAUAGACUGAUGAAGAGUGUCCUCUAGUGGUUUAUAUGGAAAUAGAUAAACUAAGCUCACACGAAUAAUAAUCAAUGAUUUUUAAUAUUUUGUCAAAUGUUCUUCUCUCUGAUGUUUAUUAUUUAUUGUUAAUCUCAUUGUUGUUUGCAGUUUUUCCCUGUUUGAUGAUGUCAUUAGA